AUGCUCUCUGGAAUUCUCAUCUUCAACCAAAAAGGUGAGAACCUCAUCUUUCGCGCCUUCCGCAACGACUGCCGCCCGCGACUUGCCGAUGUCUUCCGCAUUCAGGUCAUCUCCAACGCCCAAGUACGCUCGCCCAUCCUCACCCUUGGCUCCACCACCUUUAGCCAUGUCAAACACGAGAACAUAUACCUGGUCGCCGUGACCAAGAGCAAUGCCAAUGCGGCGCUCGUCUUUGAGUUUCUGUACCGUUUGGUGGGAUUGGGAAAGGCUUACUUCGGCAAGUUCGACGAGGAGGCCGUGAAGAACAACUUCGUACUGGUCUAUGAGCUACUGGACGAGAUUCUGGAUUUUGGAUACCCACAGAAUACAGAGACAGACACGUUGAAGAUGUACAUUACAACUGAAGGUGUCAAGUCGGAAAGGGCAAUGGAGGACUCCUCGAAGAUUACAAUGCAGGCAACUGGUGCCCUUUCCUGGCGGCGGGCCGACAUCAAGUACCGCAAGAACGAAGCCUUCGUCGAUGUUAUCGAGGACGUCAACCUGCUCAUGUCCGCGACGGGGACAGUACUGCGAGCCGACGUGAACGGACAGAUCAUAAUGCGCGCAUAUCUCUCGGGCACACCCGAGUGCAAGUUCGGUCUCAACGACCGACUAACGCUGGGCGAAGAUCAUCUACAACAACCGUCUGGAAACAAGGCAGGCGCGAAGGCUACAAGAGCGGCAGCGGGAAGUGUGACGUUGGAAGACUGUCAAUUCCAUCAAUGCGUGAAGCUGGGCAAGUUCGAUGCGGACAGGAUAAUAUCCUUUGUUCCGCCCGACGGCGAGUUCGAGCUGAUGCGCUACCGAGCGACGGAGAACGUAAACCUGCCUUUCAAGGUGCACGCCAUUGUCAACGAAGUUGGCAAGACCAAGGUCGAAUACAGCAUCGCCAUUCGCGCCAACUAUGGCUCCAAACUUUUUGCGACAAAUGUUGUCGUGCGGAUACCAACACCCCUCAACACGGCGCGCAUUACCGAGCGGACGUCACAAGGCAAAGCCAAGUACGAACCGGAGCACAACAACAUCGUCUGGAAGAUACCGAGAUUCACAGGGCAAAGCGAGUUUGUGCUGAGUGCUGAGGCCAGCCUGACCAGCAUGACCAACCAGAAGGCGUGGUCCCGACCACCGCUCAAUCUGAGCUUCUCUUUGUUGAUGUUCACCAGUUCGGGGCUACUUGUGCGAUACUUGAAGGUGUUUGAGAAGAGCAACUACAGCAGUGUAAAGUGGGUGCGUUACAUGACGAGAGCGGGUAAUUAUGAGAUAAGACACCGGCACAUUCACAAAACAACUCUAUUGUUCUUCCCACUUUUGAACCAGCAUUACUGUCGCUUCUCUAUGGAGGGUGUGGCUGCCUUCUCGUUGGCGUGCAAUGUUAUACAAAUUGCCGAACUCUCUCGAAAGAUCAUCGCAACCGCGAAGGAGAUCCAAACUUCUCGCAACGGCUUACCCAAAGACCACGAAGAUCUACGUGCAGCUGUGGAGAUCCUACGUCGAGAUGUUGCGGACCUGCAGCAAAACUACAACGGCGAUAUCCUCCAGAGUCUUGCUGUUCAAAGCGAGGUCGCUAUAAACGAGCACAUAGCCCUCUUGGAUUCGCUUCGACUGAAAGGACCCCGAACCUUCCUUCGUGCCUCGGCUGUAGCAUUCAAAGCAUGGCGCAAGCAGCGCCAGCUGUACGAGUCUCAGGCGAAAGUUGACCGACUAUCAGAAGAGCUCAAGACACACAUUGUCACGACCCGUAUCCCGAACAUAGAUCGCAAUGUGGAUUACCUUGGCGAUAAAUUAGCGUCACACAAUCUCUCGAUAGAUCAUGAUAUGAAGAUCAUCGAGCAGCACCUGAGCAGGGUUUAUAAAGUAACUGAAAACAACUCGUACACCGCGAAUGCUACAUCAGAGCUCGUUAGAGAGUUACAGCGAUGGCUCAAAGAUUAA